ACGCGGUGCGUUCAAGUUCAAGCUCCUGCGCUUCAGCGCCACGCAGCAGGGAGCCGAGCGAACACGACCCCGGAGAGAAAAAUCAUCAUGACUGUUUCAGACGCGUGAAUCGCGAGCGGGAGGCUCCAUCACUGCGCGGCUGAACCUGCUGUCGACACUUCCCGAAGAGAGCGAGGACGCGAGAGCGCCGCGCCGCGCCGGCAGCAGCAUGCAGUGCCAGGCCGAGCUCCGGCUCUCCUCGGCCGGCCAGCUGAAGGCGGCCCGCCGCCGCUACAAGACCUUCAUGAUCGACGAGAUCCUCUCCAGGGAGACUUGUGAUUAUUUCGAGAAGCUCUCGCUCUACUCCAUGUGUCCGUCUCUCAUCGUGCGACCGAAGCCUCUUCACUCCUGCACAGGCUCUUCCUCACUUGGUGCCUACCCGCUGCUCUCAGUCAUCACACGGCAGCCGCCCCACCUCCAGCAGCCCUCGCCCCCCGGCGGGCUCUCGUCCCACCUGCUGUCUCCGCAGCACCCGCGAGGCGCCGAGGUCUCACCCAGCCAAACGCCCGUCAGCAUCAGCAGCGAGUCGGACACAGAGCACAGCGCUCCUCGUCUGAAGAAGCCACGCCGGAGCCGGACCAUCUUCACCGAGCUGCAGCUGAUGGGCCUGGAGAAGAAGUUCCAGAAGCAGAAGUACCUGUCCACUCCCGACAGGUUGGACUUGGCGCAGUCGCUGGGUCUCACGCAGCUGCAGGUGAAGACUUGGUACCAAAACAGGCGCAUGAAGUGGAAGAAGAUGGUGCUGAAAGGAGGUCAGGAAGCGCCGACCAAGCCCAAAGGGAGGCCGAAGAAGAACUCCAUACCUUCCACAGAGGAGAUCGAGGCAGAGGAGCGGCGGAUAAAGCUGGAGGAGGAGAGGAUGCGGAGGCUAGCGGAAGAAGCAGCGCUGACCCAGGGAGGGGAGGAGGCCAAGAUGGAACCUCAAGAUCUCAGUCUGGUGCCGACAUCACCGCCAGAGACUCACGAGCUGGAGCAGGCGAUGGAGCGCUCGGAGCGAGACAUGGCCGCGGCCGUGCCCUCAGACAUGCUCCUAGCCAGCUAGGCCAGAUGGCCCAGCUCAGACUGUUAGCUGAACACAAAUAGUGCCUCGGGAUCACUGUAAAAACAAACGCCUGUGUGAUGUUUAGAGCCACCACUGGAAACCGAGGUUUGGCUUCCCAUGAUGAGCCUUGCGUUGUCCGGCCCACGGACCGGUGAUACGGCUGAUGUGCAGAGAUUGCAGUGGAAAAGUGUAAAAAAAAACAAACUUCUGGCUCCAAGCCUUAAUCAGACUGCACCAAUAUGUGUUGUGUGUCGGAAGCAUGGGGGCGCUGAUGAUCCACUGCCCCCAGAGAGGAGCUUCACACCAGAUUGGGCCACAACUUUGCAUUGAUGGGGAACAAACAUGGAAACUAGCCAUCAUUUAAUAUGAGAGAAAUAUUGUGAUAUUCAUAUGCAUUUCUCUGACAAGACACGCCCACGCAUGUCCGAGUCACGAUGUCAGUGCCUAACAUGGUGAAUGGACCUGUAUUUCUCCCAAAUUUCAUCCAAACCACACACUCAGACGCACACAGCCAGCGAUCGGUCUUCAAGCUGCCUCAUGGAGUAUUGUGCCAAGAUGUUGCCUUAUCAAGGUGCUUGUACAGUGUAUGUGAAAUCCUUAAGCUGCCCACCAAAAUGUGGCUUCAGGCGGCGAUGGGACGCUGAAGCUUCAUGAAACAGCAUCAUUGUUUUCAGAGCUCAGUAGGUGGGGCUCUAGUUUGUUAAAAAAAAAAGGGAAAAUAAGGAGAUUGUUUCAUGAAGCCUCACCGGCCCAUGGCUCGCUUCAGUGCCUUGUUUGUCUCAGAUGGAAGCCUCUGUUCUCCUCAGAAUAUUUAACCCCAGUAUGUUUUCAACAGCAAGUGCCAUUCUGUGAGAUGAUGCUCUGAUCUGUGUGUUGUUCAGUCCAAAGCCUUUUUUAAACGACGAUUCUGCCAAGCCAUACACUGUAUCAUACUUGUAAAAAUAAAAGUAU